AUUUUUGGCGUAUUAGACGGAGUAUGUAAUACGUAGUGUAAAAACCUUUAGAAUUGGGACAGAAAAAAAGCCAAAAAUUACCAUUUUGGGACAUGUAUAUAUAUCAAAAACUUCUUUUGAAUAAAAACGUACAUCUGUAACUUCAAUUAAGAAAUCAAGUCUUGAAAAUGCCUAGAGAACAUAAAAAGAAAAAGAAUAAGGGAAAAAAGAGAGACAGGGAAGCUCAUGUGGCUGUUUUGGAAAAUCAGAUGGGACUAAGCAACCCUGGUCAAAAGAUUUACUUGCGAUUGAAAAUUCAGACAAACCCAAACAUAAUGGGAGAGUCAUCAUCAGAGACAAAUACCGGGGAAGGUUCAGAAACAACAGAUCACGGCGUUAAUGGCCCAUCUAGUUCUGAAAAAAAUGUCACUUCAUACCAACCACCCAAAAAUUUUAUAAGGAUUAAGUUAUUAGGACCAAGAGAUGUUUUUGACGUCAUUGCUGAAAGGAAUGCGAAGAAACGACGAUAUGCAACGCGCAUUUCAGAGGAACAGGAAGAGCACAGUUCUAAUGACGAAGACGAAGGUAGCAGAACUACACCCACAGAUGAUACAAAUGUUAUAAGGAUGGAUCCAAUCAGCCGACAGGACAAGAGAAGGGCAUAUCAACAAUCCGAAGAGUCGAGAGCAUACCAACGGGAAUAUUAACGAUCAUAUCGUCAGAACCGUAACAAUACUUCGCCUGAAGAGAUUUCGUCUUGGGAAAAAACCAGAAGAGCAUACGAAACAAGCAUCAGGGAGGGACCUACUGUUUUAUGCAUUUGCUGUGGUGGAUUGUUUUUUACAUAAAAUGUUUCUCUAUUUGGUAAAGAGGAUAUACUGCUGAAAUGGAAGUGUGAAGCAGAUGUUGCUGAGGCGGCUUUUUGGACGAUUGACAGCAAUAUUUUUGACAAUU